AUGAAACUUUUCGCUACCUUCGCCCUCUUCGCUUCUUCGAACGCCACCUUCGCUCGAAACAAUGUCGAGGCCAUGUGCACCAGCUGCCUCUCUGACCCCUCUGAUGCUUGCUGGGGAGCGUGCUACUCCAUGUCUUCUCGAUCGGGUACCACUGUCCAUGAUGCCAUCGUUGUCCCACAGUGCACUAGCUGUCUCUCUGAGCCAUCAGAUGCCUGCUGGGGAGCGUGCUACUCUCUUGGAACCACUUUCUCCAACGAGGAGAUCGAUUCCAUGUGCACUAGCUGCCUCUCCGAGCCAUCCGAUGCAUGCUGGGGAGCUUGCGCUCGAUCAACCUCCGCCCAGUUUGCGAUCAACAAGGACUUCGUCAAGAUGUUCGAAGGCAUGAAGGGACAAAGCCGAUGCACCAGCUGCCUCUCCGACCCAUCUGAUGCUUGCUGGGGAGCGUGCGCCUAA